AUGUUGGAAGAUCAUGCAAAGGACCCCUCUCCUGGUCUCUCCAAAGAUAUACUAAGUAAAUAUCUACAAUACACACCAAAUAAUGCAUCCCCGUUGAGAAAUGAAUACAGACCUUCUCCAAGAAAUAGUUUAAUCAUUACAACUUCAAAUUUAAAUUCAAGUAUAACUACUACUACUGAUGAAAGUGGAUCUAAACAACUCCAAUCUCCAGUAAGCGAAAACUCCCAUCAGGAUACUCACGAAAAUCAAGAUUUAACACUUGUGAAUGAUGGUGAAGAAUCAGAUAAAGAAACGACCGAAGAUCCAUUAACGCUCUCUCCUGUCUCUCCCUCUGCCGAUCCUUCCUCUUCCCUACCUCAGGAAACGCAAUCUUUUAUACUGAAAAAUUUUCAAAUGUUUAUUAACAUUGUCUUUUUCAUUGAUUUAAUUCUUAUGAUUAUUAAUUUAAUUAAAAUUUCUCAUUCUUUUGACAAUCAAAAGAAAAAUUGUAAAAAAUUUUAUUUUUUGAAAAAUUGUUCAAUGAAAAAUAUGGAUUCUAAAAUUUCAUUUAAAAAUUGUCAACAUUGGGAAAUUUGUAUGAAUCUUACAACUAAUUUGCAAAAUAUCAUCACUUAUUGUACUAAAUACAAAUUAAAAGAAUAUCAAUAUUUGUUUUUGAAUUUGGGGAUAAUCGGAUUUAUCUUCUUUAUUCAAUUACUCAUAACUAUCAUCAACAAGAAAAAUAUUCAACUUUUUCUCAAUAAUAAUAAUAACAAUAACAAUAAUAACAAUCAUGUUCCCAAUAGAGAUAAACAACAAGAGAAACUCGAUGAUUGA